CCGAAGAAGGCGGAACCUACUGUGGUCAUUAGGCUGACUGAGAGGAGAGACUUACUUCAUGGCGGGAAUACAUCUCCUUAUUGUGGUGACGGCCGUUCUCGUCUUCAGCGGCCAAGAUGUAGCAGGAGCCACCACUACGCCUAAACCAGUUGUUGUUAUUGACGGCCCCGGAGCGGGCAAUGAGGGUGACGACAUGCUGCUGCUGCCCGAGCAAAUGGGGAUGAUGCAACCGGAGCAGCGGAAGGCCAUCAGUGGGUCCUUUUACCGCUGGCCGGAAGUCAAUGGCUUUCCGGAAGUGCCCUACAAAUUCGCUGAUGCUUUGGUCAACCAAACGGCAGUGAACUUAGCCGUGGCCCACUGGGUCGAACACACUUGCCUGAAGUUCCCCGAGGUCGUCAGUUCCUACUCCAGCCACCACAUCUUCUUUCAGCGCCACGCCACCGCCUGCAACUCCUACGUCGGGAAGGUCUCCAACACCGGCCAGCCAAUCAACGUGCCCAUCUGGUGCGAACAGUCGUUCGGAAGUCUGGUGCACGAAAUCGGACACGCCAUCGGUUUCUUCCACGAGCAGUCGAGAUCCGACAGAAAUGACUACGUGAAGAUUAACACAGGCAACAUCCAAACGGCCGCUCUCAGCAAUUUCGACUUGGCCACCGACAACAACUACAGCGUCCCCUACGAUUUCAACUCCGACAUGCAUUACGACGAAAGGGCUUUCCAGAGCAACGGCCGCAUCACCAUUGCUACUUUGAACCCUCUCUACCAAGGUGUCAUAGGUCAAAGAAGCGGCCUCUCCCACAUGGACAAGCUGAUGGCUAACAGGAUGUACAACUGCGUGAGCAAGAAUCUGGCCUCUUGCAGCCUGGCCGUCGACCCUUGCCAGAACUACGGGUACAUGGGCAAAUCCUGCAGCUGUGUGUGUCCAGCUGGUACCUCGGGGACGAACUGCCAAACGCUAACUCUACCAUACAAUGAUGUGAACAUGUCGCCAUUCACACAGACCAUCACCUCAGAGGGAACAGUGACCAGCCCUAACUACCCAUCUACAACCCCGCCAGGAGAAAAAUACACCAAAUUAAUCCAGGCGCCGAGUUGUCAGCUGAUACGGUUGACCUUCAGCGAUUUCAAAGCCAUAGACAAAGCUUCGGUGAAUGGAGAGAUCAUUUGCUACUACGAAGGCCUGGAGAUCCGAAUUACCGACAUGUACGACGGUACGUGGUACUGCGGCACCGAUAUUGCCGCUGGUCAAGUCUUCACUUCCACCACCAACCAAAUGAUCCUCUUCUUCAAGACAAAUGGCGGGAAUUACAGUCCCGCCAAAUGGUCGGCCACCGUCGACUUCAUAAGCGACCCAGCCUGCGGCACAACAUCGACGCCACCGUCAACUACAACAUCGACGCCACCUUCAACCACAACAACGACGCCACCUUCAACCACAACAACGACGCCACCUUCAACCACAACAACGACGCCACCUUCGACCACAACAUCCACCCCACCUACAACCACAACAACCACCACCACAACAUCGACGCCACCUACGACCACAACAACCACCACCACAACAUCGACGCCACCUACGACCACGACAACCACCACAACACCACCCACGCCACCCGCGACCACCACUACUCCGAAGCCUGCCGUUCCUCAGUGUGGCUUCAUAGAUUACGGGACGGGACUGAAGGGUUUCUACUCGCCUAACUUCCCCGGCCGCUAUCCCAACAACGCCAUUUGCGUCCUCGAGAAUAACAGCACAAUGCCUUACCUGGCCCUCCUCUACAUCAUCAAACUGAAGCUGAGUAGAGGAGACAAACUCGUCAUAGAGCAUCCGUAUGGUCCUCCCUGCGUACUAACGGGAUCGAGGAGGAGGCCGUUUUUCAGAAAGGUUCCCUCCCACUUCCGGGCCACCUUCACCUCAGACUCCGCCUACAACAAACAGGGCUUCCUUAUCAAGUACAUAGAAACCCAAGGAAGAUGCCAUGCGUCGAUAGAUGGCACCACCCGCGGUUCUGUCGUGACUCCGGGCUACCCGAGAAAACACUGGAAGUCGACAGUCUGCGAGUGGAAGAUAACUGUGAGCCCCGGGAUGAGGGUCCGCCUGGCAAUCCGCAUCAGAAAGGUCACCUGCAACAGGAACUACGUGUCCAUCGACAAGACGCCCUACGACGUUUUCUCCUACAACCCGAGCGCGAUCCAGUCCUUCUGCGGAAGGAGGAAGAAUGUGUACGUGACUUCCGAUACGAACGUCGUGACGGUCUUCUACUUCGGGUUCAAGAGGGACCUGGGCAUAAAGGUGUCCUACUCCGAGGUGCCAUAAAAAGGGACUUUUUUUCGCCUAAUGAAACUCUUCCGACCACGUGCCUCUCAAAAGUUGUUGGAAAUUUAUUUUUUAUUUAUUCAUCAUCCGUGAAAGUUAUAUUUUUAACCUUGAACCUUAAAACAUUGAUCUGUUUUUCACUGAUGUUUGCUGAGAGUGAAAAUUGAAAGAAGGCAGGGGUCUCUUACUUUGCCCGGCAGAAAAGAUAAGUCAGAACAUGCGAUUUCGUAUCACACGGCUUAUUCUUGUAACCCUCAUGACUUAUAUAUAUUCUUAUACAGACUUCGAAAUAAAUUUUUAUUGAUUA